AUGAAGGGAAAGAAAGUAGGAAACAAUGAAGAGUAUGAAGAGGGAGAAAUAGAAGAAACGGAAAUUAAGGUCUUGACACGACUUGACUACAUCACAAAUAGCUCUUCAAACACGAAUUUGUCAAAGGUUUUUCGAUCUAUUAAAAGGCAAAGAUUUGAAUUACUAAGAACUGCUGAUGCACAUGUUUGCCUUUCUCAAUUUUAUAAAUACACGCAAUCAAAAUACACAAAGUCUAGUGGAUUACCAGAUCAUAGAUUACGAGCUGAAAUUCUUUGA